CGGGACUCCAAUUCAAAGCCCAAAGUACAACAAAAGCAAAAGCCUGCGAUCAGGCAAUUGUCGUACCACUGUUCAUCUCAGCCUCGUCUGUACAUACACAACCACCCUUGCACACUCACGGAUCCUUUGAUCAGUGAUCUUGUCUCUCAAAUAGUCCUUGUCAGUCACCGUCACUCACUGUUCGAUAUCGACCGCUGUUCCGACACGCACCCAUUGGGCCUACCUAACACCACCUACCUUCCGUUCUUGCUGUGCUUGCGCGAUAGAUUCGACUUGUCCAGCCCUUCACCCUUCACCCGCGAUCACUUAGUCGUCGACAAUUGUAACAGACCCUCUCCAAUCCUUGGCUGAUUCUCGGCGACGACAACGAGGGGUACUUGAUCCCACGAUUCUCAGACCUUCACAAAAUUCCGCAAACCCUUCCACCACAACUCUCCCUCGCAGCAUCUCCUUGUUCAUCCCAUAGAGACGCUAUCAUGGCGUCCCAGGGCGUCUCAAGGAAGCGUCCUGCGCCAGGAGCAGAUCCGAUUCCCUUCCCUCCUCAGAUGCCGAAUCCCACACCUGCAUACAAUGACGGGCUCGGACAAAACCUCUCAAACGAUGAAUUCUUCCAGUGGGGUCAAACUGGACAGACAGUCCCAGCAUACAACGACAACAACUUUGCCUUAAAUGCAAACACUUAUCCUCACGUCAAUGCGCAGCCUUCGACACAACUUACCCGAAGACCCAUGACUCAGUUGGCCGCUCCGCUUCGUACUCGGAUGAGUGAAGAUGGAAGCGCAUGGAUUGAUCCCACAAAUGGCGCACAAUCCAUGGACUCUGCUUGGGAAGAUGACAUAUCCGCUCUGGAGGCGCGCGCCCAGGUUGCAAAGAGAGAUUCCCAAGCCAAGAGAAAGCAGAUACCCCCAUUUGUUCAAAAGCUCAACAGUUUUCUGGAAGAUGGCAAAAAUACCGAACUCAUCCGUUGGUCAGACGAUGGCAACUCGUUCAUUGUCCUUGAUGAGGAUGAAUUUGCGAAAACCCUCAUCCCGGAGUUGUUCAAACACAACAACUAUGCCUCAUUUGUCCGGCAACUCAACAUGUACGGUUUUCAUAAGAAAGUUGGCCUUUCCGACAACUCCAUGCGUGCGAGCGAGAAGAAGCACAAGAGCCCAAGUGAAUACUCCAAUCCGUACUUCCGCCGAGGUCACCCUGAUUUGUUGUGGUUAAUACAAAAGCCAAAGAAUGUCACUGGAACGGCGUCAAAAAGAAAGGGUAAGGCAGAUAACGACCAGCUCGAAGAAGAUGCGGAUGAAUUCGUCGAGGAUGUCCCAAGCGCCCCGGACACCCGUGUGCGCGCUCGACCAGGUCAACUCACUCCUGCCAACAACAAUUCAUCAGCUCUCACACAAGAACAAUUCGGUAGAGUGCAACGCGAACUGGCUGCGAUUAGGAAUCAACAGGCUCAGAUCGCUCGCAUGAUGCAACAAAUCAAACGUGAACAUGAGCAGCUCUACGGCCAGGCCACGACGUUCCAGGAUCAGCACAAUCGUCAUGAAAACUCCAUCAAUGCGAUCCUGACUUUCCUUGCAACGGUGUACAACCGCAGUCUUCAAGGUCAACACGAGGGCAUGCCCAGUAUGGCAAGCCUCUUUUCCAACAACGCCAUGCCGGUUGAUGGAGCUAGCCAGGCCAAUGUCGUCGACGUCGGAGACUUUUCUUUCGACGACGUCAAUCUCGGCGCCAGUCCGGGUCUAGGGAAGCCAUUUAAGAAACAGCAACUCCUACUGACCAACGGAAUGGCCCAGCCAGGUCGAGCGACUACCGUUUCACCUCGCUCCAGCGCCGUCAACAGUCCCUAUCCUCCUCGCGCUCAGAAUCUCCGCAAUUCGCACCAAACUGUCCUCACUCCCAGUGUAGAGGAAGCUUUCGAUAUGGGCGUCAACACUCCGAGUACCACAGUUCCGCCGCAGCCUUCCGCAUACAAUCAAAACUUCCCUCAACGUGACAUGAUGUCGGUCAUCCAGAAUGCCAAUGCUCACAUCAACCAGAGUGCGUCCCCAACCACGCCAGCACAGGACUUCUCCAAUGUCCUCAACAAUCUCGAGGCGACCACGGGUAACGGUCCACUAAGUACAUCCCAACGUGCGGACGUUCUAAAAAUGAUCAACGACUCCACUCAGCAGCCCUCGGGCAGCGACAAUGCACUCAUCAACUCAACUCCGCCUUCUGGUCCAGCCAACUUCCGUCGGCGUCUAGCGAACACGUCGUCCGAUCUCGAUAACCUGGCCAAGAUGCAAGCCGAGCAGGAUAAGAGCGUCCAGAACCUCACCUCCCUCCUCCAACCACUCAGUCCGACUGGUUCAAUCCCUGGCAUUGGCGAUGGUCAAUCUUUACCGCCACCGCCGCUGGACAUUGACGACUUCCUGAACCACGCCGAUUACUUUCCCGACAUGUCCAGCGACCCCAACGGAAACUACGAUUUCGGUAACACCGGUCUAGAUUCCAACGGCGCCAAUGACUUCGGUUUUGCGGACUACAAAGACGAUGACGAGCUGUUUGGCAAUCUCCCGGACCCUGCUGCUGCGAUGGGCUUUGACGCUGCAGGGGCGGGUGUAGGCGCGGGAAACCCGAAGUUUGAGACGGCGAGUGACUUUGGUGGUGGACACGUCGAGAGCAUGCCUAGCAGCACUGUGACCACACCCAAGUCGGCUUCAAGUGGAAAGCAGAGUGAGGGACCGGCUACGCGCAGUAAGGGAAGAAAGAUGAGCGCUGUGGACGAAGAUGGUGGUCAACAGAAGCGACGACGAGGCUGAGUUGGUCUGAAGCCUUGGUGAAGACUUGGAUUCUAUGUUUUGAGUUAACGAGUGAAUGAUUAAUACCGAUACCAUGUGCCAGCUAGAUGGCACCUUCUUCAAUGAAUACUAGAAGAUCCCCAUUCGCAAAG